AAAUUUAGUUUGAAUUUGUAAAAUCAGUUUGUCAUUUCAUACACAAGACAUAAAGGGUUAGAAAGUUAAAAAAAAAAAAAAAAAAAAAAAAAAAGACCAGGAGAUUAGAGGAAAAUAAGUUAAGGCAGAAAAAACACCACCUUUUUGAAGGCUUUUUAGACGUGUUGGACUCAUAAAGACAUACAAACACGUGCUGGAAGUUUCAGGAAGAAUGCUUGGUUUAGAACGACCGAUCCAGUUUCCGCGUCUUACCGCGCACUGCGCGCCUAGGGUUCAAUCCAUCCGGAUCAUUCUCCUGGAUUUCAUGGCGCUUCCUCCUCCUGCCCUUUAGUUACAUUGUAUCUCCCUUACUGAAAGGAGCGAGGGAUCUAGGACUCAACUCAAGGAAAAAAUGAAUGAAUAUACGUGAAAAUGGACGUGCCGAGAUGUUGGAUUUAUCAUCUAGGAGUUUAAGAAAGACGUAUUUGAAGAAAGCUUUGAUAUUUAGACCCUGCGAUGCCAGUUUCAGGGCAGUGUUUGCAUUUCUGAACGGGAUCUUUAGGAGUGUGAUGGCUGCUGGCCUUCCCUUUCUCUAGUUGCUAGAUGUGUUGGGAAGUGCACUGCUUUGGGAUCAUUUUUGGAAUUCCGUGCGCAAAUCCAGAGGCCUUUCCACCUUCCUCUAUGGAAUGUACAUAAGUAUUCUCUGGAUAGGGGUUCGCGUGUGGGGGCAAAAUGUGGGUGACUGGGAAGUUGACGUCAAUACGUUGAGGUUACGGUUCUCCUUCUCCCCACACCCUGGCAGUCUGAGAAAUCAGACGUUACUGUGACAAACCUGGGCCGCUGGCACUAAAAUGUCCCUAAGUGGUGGCACUGCAGGCGGGAAAGGUGUGGACUCGAAUGCGGUGGACACUUACGACAGCGGUGAUGAGUGGGAUAUCGGGGUUGGAAAUCUGAUUAUCGACCUUGACGCUGACUUAGAGAAGGACAAACUUGAGAUGUCUGGCACCAAGGACGGAGGAGGAAUGGCAGCUCCACCUAGCGCAGUAGCGGCUCUGCCAGACAAUAUCAAGUUCGUUAGCCCCGUGAGUGCCCCUCAGGGCAAAGAGAGCAAAUCGAAAUCGAAACGCAACAAAAAUUCUAAAGACAAUAGCAGCAAGUCUCCAGCUGCAGAUGGAGCAAAAAAGGACCAUCAGGGACGGACCCAAGGGGAGGUUACUGGUGCGACAGGUAGUUCAGGAGGCGGCAACUCCGCUACGGGCAAAGGUGUCGAGAAGGGCGCCAAGGCCUCACGCGGUGUGCCGAACAGCAAAAAGGAAAAGGAAGUAUCGAGUGGGAAAAACAAGAAAGAAAAAAGUGAAAGUGGACCAGUUGCAGUCGUGGCAAUUGAAAAGGAGAUAGUUGCAAACGUUCAGGCGUUUGGAAGCGCACGCAACACGCCCUUUGACAAUACGCAGAAUGCAGACAUGGCUGUGACAGAGCAACUUGGGAAUAAUGCUCUGGAAACUGUUGGAAUUGUUUCUCCGUUAGCUAUUAAAUCAGAGCCAGAGGAGCUUGACGGGGAAUGCAGAGCUUUGAAGAAGAUAAAAAAUGAAAAGAUGGAGUCUCCGGUCUCCACCCCGGCCCCUCCGCCGCUACACCUCCUCGCCUCUAUGGGAAACAGUGACAUCGCCUCACCUUGUGAGCAGCUUAUGGUGCGCACGCGCUCGGUGGCUGUCAACACAUCUGAUGUGGCCCUGUCCACAGAGCCAGAGUGCCUGGGACCCUGUGAGCCGGGCACCAGCGUCAACCUGGAGGGCAUUGUGUGGCAAGAAACUGAGGACGGUAUGCUGGUGGUCAACGUUACCUGGCGGAACAAAACGUAUGUCGGAACACUUUUGGAUUGUACACGUCAUGACUGGGCCCCUCCAAGGUUCUGCGAGUCUCCUACAAGUGACUUAGAAAUGAGGAAUGGACGUGGCCGUGGUAAAAGAAUGCGACCCAAUAGCAACACCCCAGUCAAUGAGAAUAGCAACUCUUCUGAUAAUAAGGGCAGCAACAACAGCAAGACAAGAGCAAGUUCCAACAGCAAGGGUCGGCGUGGAAGCCAAAACUCCUCUGAGCGCAGGACUCCGCCCAACAGCAACACAGAGGACAUAAAAGCCAGCCCCUCCUCAGCCAGUAAGCGCAAGAGCAAGCCUGCAUCAGACAUGGAGCCCAACUCCAGCUCUGAGGAUUCUAAAGGCAAUAAGCGUAUGCGCACAAAUUCAAACGGUGGAAUGACCCCUUCUGCACUCCCAGUUCCUAUCAUCAAAACUGAGUCCCUUCCUCCUCCAUUAGACCGAACCUGCCCCUCACCUGUACUGAUUGACUGCCCACAUCCCAAUUGCAACAAGAAGUACAAGCACAUCAAUGGCCUAAAGUACCAUCAGGCUCGUGCUCACAAUGAUGAUGAUAUUAAGUUGGAUAUGGAUGGGGACAGCGAGUAUGGGGAAGAAUCCUCUCUCCACCCAGAGCCAGGAAGUUGCAACGGAGCUUCUAUUACACAGAAAGGCUCUCUCUCCCCAGCACGGUCUGUCACGCCUAAAGGAAGAGGCUUUGAUGCUCAGAGUCCAUCUCCCUCUCCUGGAAAGUUUGGCUCUAAGACAAAGAAAAAGAAUGGUGAUGUUGAAGCAGACGUUUGUGGCACACCUAUGGAGGGUUGUGAGGAUGGGCCUUGCGUCACUGCUGAUGAGGCUAGCAAUGAUGGCAUAGAGGACAGGAAGUCCAAAAAGCCCAACAGCACUGUCAAGCCAGACAAGCUGUCCCAGAAGAACAUGAAAUCUUCCAGGCCAAACCCUUCCCAGCAGAUGUACUCUCUGCAGACAACAUCAUUCAGUGGUGGAAGCCCCAACCAUCCCCCCGGGAUCGCCAACAUGUUGCAGGGCAUCCCCAAGAGUCCCCAGCUGAAAGGCAUGCAGUCUAAGUUAGGUGUAGCUGGGGACUCGUCGCCAAUUAUUCCAGCCUUGAGCAGCUCCAAGGACAAAAAGAAAAAGGACAAGAAAAAGAAAGAUUUGGCCAAGGAUGCAGACAGUCCCAAGCUCCCAGCAAAAAGUGUGAAAACUGAAGAGGGGAAAAGUCCAUACUCUGAAUCCUCUGACCCAGGAAGCAGAAGUGAGGGUCAUCUCAAUGGCUCCUCGGACCCUCAUCAAAGCCGCCUGGCUAGCAUGAAGGCAGAGGCGGAUAAGAUAUACAGCUUCACUGAUAAUGCUCCCAGUCCAUCCAUCGGGGUGGCCAGUCGUGUGGAUAGCAGCGGACAGCCUCUCACUCCUCUUCACGUUGUCACCCAGAAUGGGGCUGAUAGCUCCUCGGUAAAGACGAAUAGUCCUGCAUACUCUGACAUAUCUGAUGCCGGAGAGGAUGGGGAAGGUAAAGUGGAAGGGGUCAAAGUCAAAGCGGAAGAUCAGUCAGGCAGGGAAGGUGCGAAAAAGGCUCUCUUUCCCUCUCAGGCAUCCUCUAAAGAAUCUUCGUAUUAUGCUACCUAUGACAACUACUACUCUCCCAGUUACACCCACCCUAGUCCUGGUGGCUCCACUGCUGGUGGGCCUCCACCAGAUGGGCAAGCUGUGAAACUGAAGAAGGAAGAUGAACAAGAAUUGCCAGAGGAGAAGGCGAAGGUGGACGUGCAGGAUGAGCGCAAAGCUGAGGUUGCUUCAAGUCAGCCACACCAACAGCAGCAAGCCUCGGUCAUUCAGCAGCGCUCCAAUAUGUACAUGCAGCCACUCUACUACAACCAAUACUACGUCCCCCCAUAUGGAUACCCAGAUCAGGUUUAUCACAACCACCUCAUGAACACUAAUCCAACCUACAGGCAGCAGUAUGAGGAGAGGCAGAGACUCAUGGCUGAGCAGCACAGGUCUGCUGAGAAAAAGCCUGAUUCGGGUGUGAAGGACAGGGAAGCCUCUCUGAAGGAGGACUGGAAACAGAAGGGCCCUGUUCCUCCAGGCCUAACAAAAGCCCCCAGCCUUUCAGACCUGGGAAAGCCACAGGCCGCUGGCAAGCAGAGAGACACUUCCUCCGAACCUGUCAAGUCAGUCAUCAUCCCUAAAGGGGAGGAGGUCAAGCUGCAGCCACAGCAGGCUGAGGGGCUUAAAAUGAAGCUCAGUGAAGCUGGCCAUCAUGGAAAGGAUGACUCAAAGGCAAGUGUAGAGUCUGCCAGGCUGGGUAUGGAGCAAGCCAUGUGGUACAGACAGUACCCUGACAGUCAGAGACCACCAGAUGAGGAGCGAGACCGGGAGCGAGACAGAAAAGGCAAAGAUGAGAGGCCUAGGCCAAAAGACAGCAGCUCCAAAGAAGAUAGUAAAGAUGGAACUGAUGGUUCAUGUCCUCCCAGCACUGAGGACCAUCGAAGUGGAGGAAAAGACCCCCGGCCCAAUGCCCACAUACCUUUCAGCUCCCCCUUGGCACAGCACCAACCCUACCUGCAUUACAUGCAUGGAUAUCCUUUUGGACAAAGCUAUGAUCCCAGCCAUCCUGGAUACAGAGGCAUGACUAUGAUGCAGAACUACCCAGGGUCCUAUCUGCCAGCGGGAUACCCUUUCUCCCCUUACGGCAGUAAAAUGGGCGGUGGAGAGGAAGCAGAGAAAUCUCGCUCCAGCCCCACAGUCAGCAGCAAGUCGGCUUCAGAGUCCAAAGCCUUGGACAUACUACACCAACAUGCCAACCAGUACAAGAGCAAAUCGCCCACCGUUGCCGACAAGCCCUCCCAUGAAAGGGAGCGAGGAGCAAGCGAACGAGAGCGGGAAAGAGAGAGGGAUCGAGAGAGGGAGAGAGAAAUGGAUCGACCUCGAUCAUCUCCCUCCCAACGCAUAAUGCCACCCCACCACCAUCUAGGCUAUCCCCUUGUAGCCGGGCAGUAUGAUCUGUCUUAUGCCACAGGCCUUUCAUCAUCAGCGAUUGUUGCCAGUCAGCAAGCCUCAGCUCCUUCCCUAUACCCACCAGCACGGAGGUGAGAAUGGGAAACCUGAUUGUCUCGCCCUUCUUUACAAAUAAUCAUGUGACUGGAUCACAUGGGGAAGUAUAUGGAGUUCAUUUAGACAUCAGUUGAAUGGUGUUUCUAUAUUUUUAGUUUUUCUGCCGGAAUGUGUGGCAGAUGUUUUCCUAGUAUCUGUACCUCGUACCCCACUACAGACUGAGACCAGGUUCAAAGCCAUCCCGCCCUGCUCAAAGCCCAGCCGGCCACUGAACUAUAUGCCUGUGAACUGGUGAGGAAUGAUUGAAAAGCAAGGACUGUCAUUCUACUCGCCCGACGCAGGCUGUGACCAGGCUGAGGCAAGGACUCGAGGGGACAUAAGAACACAAAGACUGAAAAUAGUUUUAUCACACUGAGAUAACUAAAGUUGUUUCCUUUUUAUUUUAGUUGGCAUCCUCACUGAACAAAAAAAAAAUCGGUUUGACCCACGGUUUUUGAAUUGUUCUCUAGAUACCACCAGUGAACGCUGCAGAUAAUAUCUAGCAUUGUCUCAUAACUCUGUCUUUCUGCCAGUGGUUCCUAAACGGUUCUCAUCGCCACAUGCCUCAAGACUGCUCUCCUUUUUUCCCCUCAUGAUUUUUUCUUUUUUCCAUGCCUCGCUUCUCUAUCAUCAGCAUGGUUCCGUGUAACAAAAAUGACUUUUUUAUUUUUUAUUUUUUUCAAAAAAAAUUCUGUUCCUACAACCAGUAAGUUAUAGCACUCUGCUUAAACUGUAGUAAGUUCCGGUGACCGUCAUGCUGUUUUAUUGAGACUUGUUCAGCAGUACCAUCUCAUGGUCUACCAAAUUAAAGAAAGCAUCCUGUAUCAUAUGGCUGCACAACAGCAUUCAGCGAGAUAUUUCACUUCAAGAUUCGUUUGUGAAAUAUAAUUUUAGUGAGCACUGUUCCGCCAGUCUUUCAGAAGAACAUCACUGGCUGAGGUCCGUUUACUCCAGGGAAUUCUCAUUGUUAUCCUUCGACUUGAAACCGAAUAUCCUCCUUCCCAUCUUGGCUACCUUACCUCAUCGCUAACAGAAUUUCCGAUUUAUCGCUGUGGUUCUUAAAAUGGAUGUUUGUUAAUGUGACAAGGUAUAGUAAGUUCUUUUAGAGAGACGCUUAUGUGGUGGCCGUUCUGCUACAGCGGUAUGGGGUGCGUGACACCAGAGGCCCAGUAGUUUCGUUCUAAUUGUUCUGAAGUUCUUGCAUGGGGCCGCUCUAUCCCUGAACACUUAAUGUGGAAGUGUUGUGAUAACUCCAGCGUGUUUUAUGAAACCAAGUGAGCGUUUGACCCGAACAUGCUUUCAUAGCCCAUCAUGCUCUGUGUAUUUCAUGUGUCGUCCAGCAUGGUGUACUAUAGCACUAGAAAUGUGACUUUAAACAGUGUCUCCUCAGGCAAAGCAUACUUUGGUUUCGCAACAAACGCUGUCGACUUUCUUGGUUGCACACACUAUGUGAUGUCUGUAUAUGAUGUACAGAGGGACUGUUUUAAAAUUCAACCAAGAAACCAUCUGAUUACUUUUCUUUUGUUUUUGUUUUUUUCUCUCUCGGGUGUGUUUUUCUUUUUCAUUUUUGGUACUGUCCUCUGCUUUAUCUGCCAUAGCUUUGUUUUGGCUUGCUGUCACAAUGCUUGCUGGAUUUUUUUAACAUUCAGUAGAUCCUUGAAACUCUUAAAUGAGUCUCGGGAGUCUCUUAAUCUAAAAUCUCGACUAGUCGUAGCUCACGAUGGAUCUCAGGCAUUUUCCUGGUCGUUUUCUGCAGAAAAUGCUGAUUUUUGGGUCAUAUUUUCACACGAGCAGGUAGAUUUUAACAGGCUCUGUUGGAACGAGACGACAGACAGGUGUUCGGAGGAUUACGUUGACUUAUUCACUCAAUCCCAUGUGUAAAGUCACAAUGGAAAAAAAAAGCAGUAAAGCACCAUGGUACACAGAAUACUAAGAGAAAUGGGCUGCACAUCCAAAUUCAUCAAUAUGUAAUUUGAAAUUAGGUACAUUGGGAUGUUUGUGCUGCAAAGAAUUGUCAAGAGUUCAAACCUGAACCAUUGUUUUUGAUCCUCAUGGGUUUUGUCAGUUAAGAAAGAUUCUCAGUUAAUGAAAAUUGGUGCUCGGUUGACAUACUUUGAUUUGUUGGAAAGAGGAUGCAGUGCACUAUUGCAUGCUUUACGUCAUUUUCACGAUGGACUACCACCUCUUUCCUGUCGCGCUUCAUCCCAAGUGUUUCUCAAAAGACAAUUUAUCACCAGGUAUCAGGCCCCGGUACUUAAAGAAUGUUUACAUUUUUUUUAAUGGCUUUGUUUGGAUUUUUUUUUUUUUUUUUUGGCUGUAUCACCUAAUUCCUCCUGUUCUUUCUUGGACUGUUCUCUUAUGUAAAGUGUACAUUACCACGUUUCUUUUUUUUAUACAAUACUGUAACUUGCCUUUGUACAUUUAGGCAAAAAAAAAUAAAUCUUUUUAUGAGACAAUCA